AUGUACAUCUGCUUGGAUGCCUGUAAGAAGGGAUUUUUGGCUGGCUGCAGACCGCUCAUAGGGUUGGAUAGAGCUUUUCUGAAGACCCAGCAUGGUGGCCAGAUCUUGUCUGCAAUUGGACAAGAUGCAAACAAUCACAUAUAUGUGAUUGCAUAUGCAAUUGUCCCUAUUGAAAAUACUGAAAACUGGAGGUGGUUCUUGGAAUUACUUCAUCAAGACUUGGGAGAUUAUAAGCAACACAAGCUCUGUUUCAUUUCAGAUAUGCAGAAGAUAGAUGGAUUACUGCUGGAUGAACUGGGCCUAAUCCAUGCUGUUAAGGAAGUUUUUCCUGGUGUCCAUCACAGAUUCUGUGUGUGGCACUUAUGGAAGAACUUCAAUAAGCAGUGGAAAGAUCUCCAUCUGAGAGGGUUGCUAUGGGAGUGUGCAAGGUGCACCAGCCAAGAUGGGUUCCUAGAGAGUAUAAAAAAAAUUGAGAGGGUUAACAAGAAAGCUUGGGAGUAUUUGAACAAGUGGCCUAGAGACUCUUGGAGCCGGGCUUUCUUCAGCAACGCACCUAAAAUAGACAAUAUCUACAACAAUGCUUGUGAAGUCUUCAACUCAAGGAUCAAAGAAGCUAGAGCCAAACCUAUCAUUACACUGUUAGAGGAAGUCAAACUGUAUGCAAUGAGGUCAAUCGCUAGGAACAAAGUGAAGCUUAAUUCCAACACUGGUAUUCUACCACCUAUACAGCGCAGCAGAUUGGAAAAAAUAAGGAAGGAGUUAAAGAGUUGGGUCCCGAUGUGGUCUGGUGACUCUGAGUACGAGAAAUUCGAGGUUCACGGGUGGCCGACUAACAUGGUUGUUGAUCUGGGAAAGAGGCUCUGCACAUGUGGUUUUUGGCAAUUGAGUGGGAUGCCGUGUGUGCAUGCUUGUGCUGCAUUGGCAAGGGUUGGUAGAAGACUAGAUGAGUUUUGUCACCAGUGGUUGACAAUGGAGGCAUAUAAUAACACAUAUACCUUCCAUAUCAAUCCAAUUCCAGGUCAAGCCCUAUGGGAAAAGUCACCACAUAACAGACCACAAGCACCUAAAUUUAAAAAGAAACCAGGUCCACUUACGAAAAAAAGAAGAAAGGAUGCAGAUGAGGAGCCAAGUGGGGGUAAAAAGUAG